CCCAACAUGUCCACAUCUGCAGGGAGAGGAGUGGGAGGAGGAGGAAGAAGAUUCACUGUACUUUCACGCAGCCCAGGACUCUUCAUUCACACCAGGAACAAGAAGAGAAAAGAAGCAAAACUAAGACGGACAGCCACAGAUAGCGAAGAUCUCCAGCUCAGGGUGGACUUCUUCCACAAGUUGGGUUACUCCUCAAGGGAUAUCAAGCUGGACGUCUACACGGACACCAACUCUGUGCUGGAGGAGCCGGUCCAGAUCCGCAGUGUCGCACCCGGUUCAACUAGCAGUGGCGGAGAAGAGAGGAGCUCAGACAAGGAAGAGAACUUUUUGGGUCCCGGUCAGAGGUUUGGACCUCUCAGAAUGACGCCUGGCAAGGCAGGUGGAGACCCCGAGUUGAGGCCUGUUGUUAUUGAUGGUAGCAAUGUAGCCAUGAGCCAUGGCAACAGGGAAGUGUUCUCAUGCCGAGGCAUCCAGCUGGCGGUCAACUUCUUCCUGAAGAGAGGACACACAGCCAUCAAGGUGUUUGUUCCAUCUUGGCGCAAAGAACAGAGCCGGCCGGAUGCUCCCAUCACCGAUAAACACAUCCUGACAGAGCUGGAAAAGCAGCAAGUAGUCGUCUUCACUCCAUCCCGCCGUGUCCGUGGGAAGCGGGUGGUCUGCUCCGACAACCGCUUCAUCGUCAGGUUGGCGUGUGAGUCGGGCGGAGUGAUCGUAUCCAAUGACACCUACUGCGACCUGCAAAGAGAGACGCCCGAGUGGAAGAAAUGCAUCGAGGAGAGGCUUCUCAUGUACUCCUUUGUGAAUGACAAGUUCAUGCCACCAGAUGACCCUCUGGGCCGUUACGGUCCCAGUCUUGACAACUUCCUCAGGACAAAGCCUUUACCAACAGAGCAAAAGAAACAAGUCUGUCCAUACGAUAAAAAGUGCACUUAUGGCAUGAAAUGUAAGUUCUACCACCCAGAGCGGGCCAACCAGUCCAACCAGUCGUUGGCUGAUAAACGGAGAAAAAAAGCCCAGAUUUCCCCAGUGAAUGACGAGAUAGCAUCACACACGGCGUCUCAGUCAAACGCCGACCAUCAUCCUCAGGAAUUAUACAUGGAGCCCAAAUUCGACCAGCAGAGGUCUUCACAUCUCGCUGGGGUUACUGAAAACAAAAUCUUGUACCGGGGAGGUCCAGGAAACGGCCCAAACCACAUACCCUCCAAUAAGGGGUCUUCCGGGCUGCCCUUCAUCCCCAAUCACUACCCUGCCAGCUACUCUUUUGAGUUCUUGGACUCCGGCCUCGGCUCCUAUGAAAGCCAGUACUCAGAUGUGAGCAACUCCCACAGGCCCACACAGUCCUGCAGGUGCUACUCACACCCGAGAACCAUGGACUCUGCAGGUCAAUUCUUGUUCCCAGCUCAGAACCACAGCCUACCGAGCCAACAUCCAUACAGCGAAGCUCCUCAUUGUCAACAAAAUUACUCCUCAGAACCCUUUCAUGGACAGCCCCCAGUCAGAAGAUGCUGCCCUCUUCCGGGAUCGGUCCCAGACAGCUUUUGUUGCUCCUGCACAGGCCAGCAGUACUUCCCCUGGGGCCAGCAGCAUCACCUUCCUGCUGCGUUUGACCUGCGCAUGGUGGCAUACGGUGAUAGACAUGUUCCCACAUGUGAUGGAUGCCUAGAAGCUGGCUGCAGAGCUCCUCAACCAGAAGGCCCAGAGUGGGAUGGUAUUGUAGAUUCCACCAGUCACCCACACAGGUACUGUUACAAGCUUCUAUAGCAGGGUCCAAACAUUUUCCAGCAAGGGUCACAGAAAAAGGAACAGAUGUGAGGGCCACUUUCAUAGCCUUCACAUUUGAGUUCUGAAAAUAUAUUAAAACCAGUUAGGUCAAGCUACAGUAUGACAGUGCCUUUCAAAGAGUGGGUGUCAGGAGGGCGGGGGGACUUUCAGUAUUAGCGCACAUCUGCCAAUAUCUACGCCUUUUAAUGCUCUGCAUGUGUUUUGACCCUUGAAUACGCUUGUGUGCCUUGCUGCUCUCCAGGUGUGCCUUAUGUUGCAUCAUUUUGCUGGGUUCAGUUCCGAGUUCACUCCGGCUCGCUCCUCCUUUCCACGCUAAAUUUGCCCACGUCCCACCCCUUGGGUUAUAUGUAACGUUUUCUAAGCUUUUUCCACUCAUACACUGGUUUGUACGGAAAAAUAAAUACAUAUCAGGUUCUCACAAUUUUUCAAAUUUAAAAAAAAAUUCUGUCCCCGGGGGGGGGGGCUUGACAGAAAAUUAUUGAGAACCACGCAAAGCAGUUUUUCUCAUUAAUUAAUUAUUUUUUUCAUGAUCCAAAUACGAUAUAAAUAUUAUAUAUUAUAGGCCAAUACAUUUUUUUUUUAUUUUUGUACGAGUUUAAUUUAAAUUUAAAUCAAUUUUCUGAUUAUCCAAAUACUUUUUAAAAAAUUAUACAGGCCAUUACAUGUUUCUCAAUUAUUUUUUAAUUUUUUCAAUUUUAAUGAAUUAAUUGCUGAUUCCUGAACACUUUAAUAAAUAUUAUGCAGACAUAAUACAGUCACAUUUUUACAGAACAUUUCUCAUAACUUGUUAAUAGUUUUUUUUUUCUCAGCAUGUCCCUUAAUCAUACUUCGUAAUUUUCUGAUGCAGGCUGUGUUUGAUAUUAUUUUUAAAUGAAUGUGCCGCAGGCCAGAAAAAACGAACUGCCACAGUUGUGCAAUAUGUGUGAAUUCAUUCAGCAGAUCGUCCUAAUAGUGUUUACAGUGAGUAUAAAAGGAGACUGGGCCCUAUGUGAAAUGCAAUCGGAAAUUUUAAAAAUGGUCUCUAUGUACAAAACAACGUACGAAACAAGUUACAUGUCUGUAAUUUAUUUGCAUACAAAUACUUGUGUUGCAAUGUCUUAGCCUGCUGCUCUGAUGCAAGCCUCAUCAAAUCACUGAUGACUUCACAGUAAUUACCGUAAAUGUUGUAAUUAUAGCCAGGGUGUGUAUUUUCCCUAAACCGCAAAGAGGGUGGGGCGUUAUUUAAAAGCAAACCUGCAGAGAGCCUGUUGAAUGUGAAAACUCAUUCUCGAUAGCAAGUCAUUUUUAAAAACUUUGAUAAUGAUUUGGAGUGCAUGAGAAAGAUGAAAGGGAAACCCUUGCGUUCUUUGACCACAUGGUCAUUUAUUAACAAGUAUAUUGCACAACACAGCAGCAACAGAGCCAAUGUUGUUGCCAAUCGCGGUAAGGAGCAAACUGCUUAGCCGGCGUUAAUACAGCUGAUGAGUUCGUUGUAAACAACAGUGCGGCGAGUGUAACACGCAUGAGUUUUCACACCAACAUGUUUAAAGCGCAUGCAGAGGUAGACAAAGGUACUGGAUGCUAAAAAUGCAGCUACUUCCAUCUUGUGGGGUCAAUUCAUUUGCUUUUGUAGACCACGCACCCGACAAAUAUAGGAGACUCAGUGGUUAUUUGGAUACAGGCGUUAACUGACGCAUUUACAGUAGGGAAAUAUAUAUGAGAAUAUUAUAUUUAAUGAAUGAAUGUGGGUCCUAAGUACCCAGUCUGAUGCUUCCGUUGCUCAUAGGACUUUUUGGUUAGUAAAACAUAGGUCCAGUCUGGCUGUUAAUUACACUUAAAUAUACAUACAGCAGAGGGAAAUUUUGGGAUAAUAUAUACAUAAAUAAAUAUAAAAUAUAAAUAAUUCAAACACAUUCCCACCUUUACUCAGCAUUUGCAGCCAUUUUAUUGUUGACAUGAUCAUAGUAUAGUUUCAGUUUGUUACCUUGCCUGAGAUUGUUGGCUUUCAAAAGACUCGGAAACACAUCAUAUCUUCUUCAGACUAAAAUCUUUAAUAUGUCAUUCAAGGCAAAACAAAAAUGCCUUCCAUGCCCAACCGGUUUUGAAGAUAUAAAGAUAUUAUUGUGGGAGCACAAACGUUUCACUUCCAAAGCCUCACACAAUCCCUUUUGCAACUUCUUACUCUAUAUUGGUUUGUAGUUUUUAAUUGCAAAAAUGGUGAGGUUGAUGAUUGAUUUCAAUUCAAGCUGUAUUGCUUUUCAAAUAAAUCAGUACUGCUCUGUCCGGGGGUGUCUCCACACGCUGUUUCAGUGUCAUUCCCAGGCCAUCAGUAGCUUGUGGAAAGGUACGAAGGCACCAUGGCCGGGUUUGCUGCACAGAAUACAGAGAGAAACCUGAACUGCAUGUCACAGGUUUAUUUAAAAUGCCUCCUUGACACAUUUUGUAGUCCAAAUUGCACUUUUGGUUGGAAAAUCUCUUGUAAGAACAGUAACCUUCCGCCAACCAUGCACCACCUACCAGUCAAAGUAGCAGUGUCCCUUAUGGUGGCCGUCCCGCACGCCGUGAUCAGGCGCCUGCAGCUCCACCCCGAUGUGGAGCUCUGACUCCCCCUGCAGGUGACCCAGGAAGCGAACGCUACCUGUGCUGAUUCGCCCGGAAGGCAGCAUGAUUCUGACCCGGUGACCCAGCUGCAGAUCCAUGGGUGAGUGGGGGACGAAAACCCGGUGCGGCCCUGAAGAUCUUCCUGAUCUCACACUUGGAGGGGAGAGAGGAGCACCGUCAUCAUGUCAUACAACAAACAAAUGUUUCAUACGCGUACUUCAAAGUACUUCAUGUUUUUCUGGCAACCGAUCCUACAGUUAUAUUUUGUUAACAAUGCUGACAUUUGCAUUAACAUUAACAACAACAUGGGACGUGGUGUGUGUAUACAGUGUUCCCUCGUUUACCGCGGGGGAUAGGUUCCCAAAAUAGCCCGCAAUAAGUGAAAUCAGCGAAGUAGCCAACUUUAUUUGCUUACAAGUAUUAUAUACGUUUUAAAGCUGUAAACCCGUCACCAUACACUUUAUACACUUUUCUCAGACAGACAUUAAGAUUUUCUCACAUUUUAAACACGCUCAAAGUUCAAAUUUUGUUUGAAUUUGAAUGAUCAACCUAGUAGGUUGGACACAAGAAAUUAUUAAGUGACUCACGUGUAUUCAUACCUCUGUCCUGGCGCCGUUCGGCUGUCGCGUUUUUGUAUCCUUGUUAAAACAUAUUGCUCCUGCCGUCGUCCUCCUCGUCCUUGUCCUUAGCUUCUUCUUCUUCUAUUGGUUAUUGGCGGUUAGCAAGCAGCUCACACAGUUAGCUUAGUUUGCUAGCAACUAUUGACCACAACAGGAAACUGCACAAAGGAGAUUGAUGGGCAAUGGUCUACAGCCAAUCAGGACGCAGGCCGCAGGUUCUCCCUUAGCCAAUACGGACUGUUGUGGCUCUAUACAGUAUUUAGCCAGCUAUUGUCUACUGUGGGUUCCUAAUAUGCGUGUACAAGCACAUAAACACAUACUGAGACCAGGUGGAGCUGCGCACGUCUUCAACUCUCACAUGAGUAUACAACACCCUCUACUGGUAGCAGUAGUAAAUACAAUAACAGACCCAUACAACAGAGCACGGAUAGAUCACUCGAAUACACCACAAGGAUGCAGAAAUCUGCAAAACAGCGAAUCCGUGAAAGGUGAAUCGCGAUGUAGCGAGGGAACACUGUACAUAUGCAAAUAAAAGGUAAGACCACAAAUGUUUUUCAGUUCAUUUAAAAAGGAGUUACUGCCUCACCAGCCAUGAAGCUCACCGCACGUAAUUGAUAGACACUUUAUUGCUCUCCUAAAGAAAUUCACAUUUUAUCAGUGAUGUGCGGUCAGCGAAGUCAUGAAAGUGAUUAAAAAUAAAAAUAAUUUAAAAAAAUAAAAAAUGAAUAAUAACAUAAAAUAUUUUGUCCAUUGAAGUGUACUACAAAUGUAUUUCCUGCUAAAUCACUGAAUUAGCAGAUUUCCUGAUCAAGUACAGGGAAGAAACCGAAGGUGAGGCCACCGUGAGCAUGGCUUCUCAGCUGAGUGCGCACUUAGUCACCUCAGGUGUUGCA